AGUCUACCUACGUAGCUGGCUCGAUAGUGAUUUCGCUUUUAUUGAUAGUGGAAUAACGAUGAUCUUGAAUCUGCGAUCGUGGUAGCAAGGCUAUGCACUAAAUGAUAAAUUACACAAAGCAUUUUAUAGUUACCUACCCAAGUACUAUUUAAUAUUUUACAAGUAUUAUGGUUUGUCCUACUGAAAGCAUACUUAGGUAGGAAUGUGAAAGCAAACUAAGUAGGUACCUAGGUAUUUACAUAGUGGCUGCCAAAAGAACGCCUUUCGGACGUAUGGGCGGCAUGCUCCGUGACGUACACCCUUCAGAUCUAAUGGCAGUAGCCGCCAAAGACGCCUUCAAGGCCUCUUCCAUCAGCCCUGAUAUCAUCGACACCGUGAACGUGGGGCAAGUCAAUGGGCUCAGCGGUACCUCCGACGGAGGACUGGCUCCACGCCACGCCGCCUUGAAGUCAGGAGUGCCGCAGGACAGACCCGCCCUGGGUGUGAACAGACUCUGCGGCUCUGGAUUUCAGGCUAUCAUCAACAGUGUGCAAGAUAUCCUGACAGGUUCAGCCGAAGUCUCACUAGCUGGUGGCACAGAGAACAUGUCUGCUGUACCCUAUGUGGUCAGAAACGUCCGAUUCGGCACACCAUUGGGCGCCCAAAUACCGUUUGAAGACAGUCUGACUGCCAGCUCUCUUGACACUUUCUGCAAGUUCACCAUGCCGCAGACUGCCGAGAAUCUGGCAGAGAAAUAUGGGCUUAAAAGAGGAGAGGUGGACGAGUUCGCCAUCCAAUCACAGACAAGAUGGAAAGCUGCACACGAUGCUGGUGCGUUCAAAGAGGAGAUGGCUCCGGUCACAGUUAAAGUAAAGAAGCAAGAAGUGAUUGUCGACAAAGACGAGCACCCUCGUCCAGAAACUACGAUUGAAGCUCUGAAUAAACUGCCAGUUCUGUUCCGCAAGGGAGGCGUUGUUACUGCUGGUAAUUCUUCGGGCGUCAAUGACGGCGCUGGAGCCCUGAUUGUGGCUAACGAAGACGCUGUUAAGAAGCACGGAUUGAAGCCCCUCGCCCGCAUACUGGGGUGGUCCUUCGUGGGCGUCGACCCUAGCAUCAUGGGCAUCGGUCCUGUGCCUGCCAUCAAGAAUGUGUUGAACGUCACUGGACUCAAACUCAAUGAUAUUGACUUGAUUGAGAUAAACGAAGCCUUUGCCGCCCAAACCCUGGCCUGCGUGAAGGAACUCAACCUGGACCAAAGCAAACUGAACGUGAACGGAGGUGCUGUCGCUAUGGGCCAUCCCGUAGGCGCUUCCGGAGCGAGGAUUACAGCACAUUUGACCCAUGAACUCAGACGCCGAGGCCUCAAGAGGGCAAUUGGCUCGGCCUGCAUCGGCGGAGGACAAGGCAUUGCUAUCCUCCUGGAAACCGUCUGAACGACCAAAAUAUGAAGACUAUAUUUAAAUAUAUAGGAUUUGUUUGGUGCGAGACAUAUGUCUCCAAACAAAUCCUAUAAGAAAAUUGUGAACUUUUCUCUUAUUACAUACAAAUUAUAGUUUUUGGUUUGGUGAAUAUUAUUUUAUUCAGAUUAAUUAUAUGAAGCGCAAAAUUCGUGCUUUGUCUUACCAUUCACUGUUGUGCGUGCGUCUUGUCAGGCUAUGUAUACAUAUAAUAAAAUAUAAUGACUAACAGUAACUUAAUACAUGGCUUUCAUAGUGUAUGUAUUACAAAUUACAACGAAAAAUAAAAAAGAAUUUGCGUUGAGAGUUAAGGAUUAAAGAAUAAGUGAAGUAAAUUUCGAUUAUAUUUUUGUAACAAUUAAUAAAAUAUCAUUUUGUUCGCAUUUAUAAAAUUUCUAACUUGUCUGAAAUAAGUAUUCACUGUUGUAUUAAUGUAAUUUAUUUUCUAUUACAGAGUAUUAAUAUUUUUUUAACAAA